AUGGGGGACAGUGCCGAACAAGGCUCCCCGGAGACUCGGGAUGCCUGGCUUGCCGCUCUCAGAAGCAGUUCGACAAAUCUCCGUAUCGAAACACUGCGCAAACUGCAGCAAAGUAUUCCAAUCGCAGGUAUGGCGGACAUGCAAAACCACGUUUCAUACGGUCAAUCUCAUCUCACCGGUGCUGCAGAUGAGACUGUCUCAAAAGAGCUGUUGACCUUUUUGCCCGCGCUUCUUGGGACGUAUCCUCGUUACCUUGAUCGAAAGUCUCGCAGAGCCGUGCAGUCGUGCCUCCGAACGUAUCUCACGACUCCCUCUUCCGCCGACGUUGCUUAUGCUGCCGUCACCAAAUUCCUAUUACAAGAGAGCCAAAAGGUGGUCAUAGCCCCCGGCAAUGCAUUUGUUCUGCUGGAGUGGUGUUGUUUGGUCCAACAAGAAAUCCGGCUCAAUGAGAAGUCAUUCGGACAAUGCUUUGGGAAAAUAUGCUCGGCCGCUGCCCGCCUUCUGGACAAAUGCGAAGACAAGUCUGUCCGAGGAGGAGUACAGGGGUCGGCCUUGAUAAUCGCAAGGAGAGGGUUGCGCGACGUCUUCAAGACAAAACAAGUCGGGGCCAGGGCACUGCAGCUCGCCCUACAAGACACUGCAGGUUCCUCAGACGCAAAUGCUAGCUACGCCGUUUAUGUGGGCGUGAUUGCCGGGGUCAGUGUCCGCAUAACUGAGAGGAGAGAAGAGCUUCAAGAGUCGAAAAAGCAGAUCCUUGAUUUCUAUGUCAAAUCUGUCAUAGGCUCAAAAUCUCCCGUGCCAUACCAACAGUGUAUGGGUCUCAAGGAUUUCUUCCUCGACUUUGUCACUCUCCAGGAUGUCGAUGGAGUGUUGAUCCCUGCCAUCGAGAAGGCCAUCCUGAGGUCCCCGGAGGCUAUCCUUCAAGGCCCUAUAGAGGCCCUGGCUUCUUGUCUACCAUCGGCACUCGACAUUUCAGGCUUUGUCCAAGGGAGGCUUGUGAAACCUCUUCUAUCAGCCUUGAACUCCACCAAUGCCAUCAUUCGCGAUGGUGCAGGUAAGGGUCUGUCAGCCCUUGUUGGCAGAGGAGGGUCUCCAGAUGCGCUGCAGAAGAUUGCUGCGGAACUGGGAUCCACGAUGAAAUCUUCAAAAGCUGGCAGCUUUGAGCUGCGUGGCCUUUUGGCCGAUGCUCUGUCGAUGAUUGCUCCCGAACUGGCGACGUCUUCUGUCAUCGCCGAGUCUGUCAUUCCUGUGGCGUCGAAGGAAGCCAACGAGGGGGCACUACGGAAAGAAGUUGCUGCAUUAGCAACACAUCUGCCACUUAUUGUCACCACCUCGUCGAUCAAUAAGACUCUUUCUGACACUUUUCUCAAGGGUUGCGUUGACAAGAGACUUCCUUUCCGCAAACUAUGGGUUUUGUGUCUUGCACACAUCGUCAGACGCAUCAAAGAAGUGCCUUCUGAACAAGGGUCACGCGAAUUUGUCAAGUCGGCUUUGAAAACGUUGAAGGAUGCGCACGACGAAGUUGCCCUCAAUCCUCUUCCAGCGACCCAGAAUGGCUAUGUUGCUGCUGGGUACGGCCUUCCCGGAGUACUUGGUGCACCAAUAUUGAGGACCGACGAGUACAAGUCCAAAGACUGCCAGUGGGCACUGUAUGCGUUGACUAACCUGACGCAACAUCUCGAGCAAGCUACAGAUGAAGGCAAAACUGCAUGGGCAAGGGCCGUCUUACACCUCCUGCUCACCCCUGAAGUCGACUCCAGUGUGCGCAAGGAGACAGGAGUUGCGUUAUCACAGGCUUACUCGAAGCAGCCGGCUUCUGUCGGCCACAGCAUAGUGCUUGGUAUCUGGGAUGUGCUUCGAUCGCGCGCGUUAGAGCUAAGUAAGACGGCCGAACAAUCUCUGAACGACAAUCGUUUGCUUCAGGCAGUGAAAUGCAUAAGCAUGCCGAGGGACAGGCUGGAGAACAUGGCCGAGGAUGCGGCAACUGAGGUGCUGAAGAAACAGGCCACAUCCACGGUGGUGUUACUACGUCCCGAACUGAUCAUCAACUCCGACUGGAUUGGAACCUGCCUGGCUACUGGGGUAGAUCCAGGUGAACUUGCAAAGGAACGACAGGAACCACUUUUCCGCGAGAUACUCUCACAUUUUGAGGCGGGCAAGAUGGCAUCAUUGGCCAUUUUCGAGAUCGCUGCCUGCAACUCAGCAGCUACAUUGGCCUUCGUGGCACCGGAUUCUUUCACGCCAGCCUUGAUUCGCCAAUUCCGUGAAGAUCUCGACCCUGAGCAAUUGGAAGCCGUGGGACCCACCGAAGCACUCAUUGCUAGAGCCCCUGAAGGCACUAUUGUCGUCGACGUCCUUGGCCAGCAGACAAAUGGAAUCCUUGACAACAAGAACCAGAAAGACUAUGACGUCCUCAAGUGGGAAGAAGAAAUCCGAGCCCAGUUGGCUAAAAAGAAGGGCGCUCCCCAGAAAAAGUUGACCGCAGACCAACAGGCCAAGGUCGACGCUCAACUUAGACACGAAAGUGCCACGCGUACGCGAGUGAGAUUAAUCUCGAGCAAGAUCAGAAGAGGUGCAAGAUUUAUUGAGAGUCUUGCUCACGGUCCGCCCACGGAUGCAGGACUUUGGAUGUCUCCAGCCAUUACUGCCUUGAUGGGAUCUCUUGAAGCGGGGGCGGCGCUCAUCGUUGAGGAUGAGAUCGUCUCAGCUUAUCUUGCCUGUUCCGACAAGAUCUCAGAUCGCCUUGGAACCAUGCGUCUUUUCGUCGGCGUUGCUGCUCUCAGGUCUGUGCGGAAUGCUAAUGUUCCAGAGCAUCUCUGUGUGGAACCUCUCGCAGAGCUCGGGACACGAGUCUUGUAUAGACUGAGAUUUGCUGCCGAGCAACGUCCGUUUGACACUGCCACCACCGCUUAUGCUCUCCCUCUGAUCUUCUCUGUCCUCGAGCAUGGAAAGAUAGGGGAUGUGACGGGCGAGGACGCCGACGCUCAAGUCCUCCUUGCCCUCGAAUUUCUUUCUUUCCAGAUGGGAUCCGGCGCCGAUGAACACCUUCCAAGAGCCGACAUUUUGCGCCAUUUGAUCAGUGCAAUGCGCAAAUACAACCAGCACCACCGGAUCAUCAGAGAUUGCCUGUUUGAUUUCUGCCGGUCAAUGUCAGAAAAUACCACUGCUGAGGAGCGAGAUAUCCUCCUCUCUGCAGUCACUCUCCCUGAAUCGGCUGUUCGAUCCGCCGUUCUGCAGGCAAUUCAUUCAGAGAUUGAUCUGUCCGAGAUUGACAACUCAGUUCAUGUAUGGAUUGCUUGUCAAGAUGAAGAAGACGAAAAUGCGGAGACUGCGUUGGCGAUUUGGGAAGAGUUCGAAUUCACCGUCACCAAAGAAUUGGUCGAUAGUAUUCCUUCGUUUUUAUUCUCAUCAGCACGAUCGACCAGAGCUGCCGCAGCGAGAGCUCUCGCACAGGCACUUGUUCAGAUUCCUUCAAAGGUCGAUUCAGUAUUGGCGUCGCUUGAAGAGUCGUAUCGCACCGAAGCUCAACCAUUGGUCCCGAAGCGAAACAAGUUCGGGAUUGUGCAAAAGGGAGACCUGGUUGAUCAGUGGGAGAAGCGGAGCGGCCUUGCCCUGGCCUUUAAAGAGCUUUCUUCCGUCCUGAACGAGUCUGCUUUGGUGCCUUUUAUGAACUUCUUGGUGUCCGACGGCGCCCUCUCGGAUCGUAACGCUACAGUUCGCGCAGAAAUGGUCGAAACAGGCACGGUCUUUGUAGCAAUGCGAGGAAAAGACUGCCUAGAACCUCUCAUGGGGCUAUUCGAAAGAGUGCUCCAAGGUCCUGAUAAAGGAACCGAAGAAUCAGAUUGGGUUAAUGAAGCCGUUAUCGUUCUUUACGGGUCUUUGGCAAGGCAUCUUCCUGACGGCGACAAGCGGACAGGGAAUGUCAUACAGAAGCUUCUUGACACUCUCAGCACACCAUCCGAGUCCGUACAAUAUGCUGUUGCCAACUGCUUGCCUCCUUUGGUCCGCCCUUCCUCGGUUGAUGCUGGACCUUACAUCACGGCUCUCUUGGACCAGCUUUUCCACUCAAAGAAAUAUGCCGUGCGCCGAGGAGCCGCCUACGGACUUGCAGGUGUUGUCAAGGGCAAAGGUGUAGCUGCAUUGCGGCAGCACAGGGUGAUGGUCGCAUUGAGAAGUGCGAGUGAGAAUAAAAAGAGCCCUGAAGAGCGACAGGGAGCAAUGAUGGCAUACGAAUUACUAUCCUUGCUGCUUGGCCGAACGUUUGAACCAUAUGUGAUCGAGGUUCUUCCCCAGCUGCUGACAUGCUUCGGCGACCCUGUUGCAUCAGUCCGCGAAGCCUGCUUGGACACGGCAAAGACGUGCUUCGCCAGUCUGAGCUCCUUCGGCGUGCGUCGCGUCCUUCCUGAAUUACUGGAAGGGUUGAAUGAGACCCAGUGGCGAAGCAAGAAAGGAGCCUGUGACCUUCUCGGUGCCAUGGCUUACCUUGAUCCGCAACAGCUCGCUACGAGUCUGCCAGAAAUCAUCCCUCCGUUGACUUCGGUCCUGACGGACAGCCAUAAAGAGGUUCGGGCUGCUGCCAAUAGCAGUCUCAAGCGAUUCGGCGAAGUUAUCACGAAUCCAGAGGUCAAGAGCCUCGUCGACAUUCUCCUCAAAGCACUGAGCGACCCAACCAAAUAUACAGAAGAAGCCUUGGACGGAUUGAUCAAGGUUCAUUUCAUCCACUAUCUCGACGCGCCGUCACUCGCCCUUGUUGUGAGGAUUCUAGAACGCGGGCUCAAUGAUCGAUCAGCAACCAAACGUAAAGCUGCCCAGAUCAUAGGGAGCCUGGCACAUCUCACCGAGAAACGCGACAUUGUCACUCACCUGCCGAUUCUGGUCACAGGCCUACGUCUUGCCGCUGUCGAUCCAGUACCUGCAACUCGAGCAACUGCUUCAAAAGCUCUGGGUAGCCUUGUGGAGAAAUUGGGCGAGGAUGCCUUCCCAGAUCUCAUACCAAGCUUGAUGUCGUCGCUUCGCACCGAUACUGGUGCCAGUGAUCGCCUUGGGUCGGCACAAGCUCUCAGCGAAGUCCUUGCCGGCUUGGGCACUGCUCGUCUUGAAGAGACUUUGCCAUCUAUCCUACAGAACGUCGCUAGCACACGCCCCACUGUACGAGAGGGAUUCAUGACUUUGUUCAUCUUCUUACCGGCAUGUUUCGGCAACAGCUUUGCGAAUUAUCUUGCUCAGAUCAUCCCGUCUAUCCUUAGUGGGUUGGCCGACGAUGUUGAAGCGAUUCGUGAAACUGCUCUUAGGGCGGGCAGGUUGCUUGUGAAGAACUUCGCAACCAAAGCCAUUGACCUCUUGUUGCCAGAGCUGCAGCGUGGGUUGGCCGACGACAGCUAUCGGAUCCGUCUCAGUUCAGUCGAACUGGUUGGAGAUCUCCUCUUCAAUCUUACCGGAAUCAGUGCUCAAACAGAAGCUGAAGAGGAAGGCGAAGCUGCUACACAGGCGGGACAAUCUUUGCUUGAAGUCUUGGGAGAAGAAAGACGCAACCGGGUGCUAUCGUCUCUCUACAUUUGCCGCUGCGACUCUUCUGCCCAGGUUCGAGCUGCUGCCAUUGCUGUGUGGAAAGCACUUGUUGCAACCCCGAGAACACUGCGUGAGCUUGUGCCUACGCUUUCCCAGAUGAUUAUUGCUCGCCUUGCCUCAUCCAACAUCGAGCACAAGUUUAUUGCCGCCAACGCUCUGGGAGAAGUGAUUCGAAAGGCUGGGGAAGGUAUCUUUGCUUCAUUGCUUCCCUCGCUUGAGGAAGGCCUUCAAACUGCCACCGAUCCAGACAGACGACAAGGCAUCUGUAUUGCUCUACGAGAGAUUGUCAACGCCGCUACGCCCGAGUCCUUGGAGGAGCACGAAAAGAAGUUGAUCUCCAUUGUCCGGUUGGCACUGACAGAUUCCGACCCUGAAGUGCGCGAGGCGGCCGCCGAAUCGUUCGACUCGCUCCAACAGAUGUUUGGCAAACGAGCGGUGGAUCAGGUGUUGCCGCAUCUCCUGAACCUGUUGCGAAGCGACACGGAGGCUGAACAUGCCCUGUCCGCCUUGCUCACGUUGCUGACCGAAGCCACGAGAGCCAAUGUCAUCCUGCCCAAUCUGAUCCCGACGCUCCUCACUAACCCCAUCUCGGCGUUUAAUGCUCGAGCUCUGGCGUCUUUGGCUAAAGUUGGAGGUGCAAGCAUGACUCGCAGGCUGCCCACAAUCCUGAACAGUCUCGCAGACAACCUAGUUAUGUGCAAGGAUGAGGAGCUCGUGGGAGAACUAAACGAGGCCUUCGACGCGACCUUGUCUUCUAUCGACGAAUUCGAUGGCCUCAACACCGCCAUGAGCGUCAUGUUGACGAUGAUCAAGCAUGACGAUCACAGAAGACGUGCACUCGCUGCAAAUCACCUGGCGACCUUCUUCGCCAAUCCUGUGGUCGACUAUUCGCGCUACAAUCAAGAUCUCAUCCGUGCCCUCCUGAUCUCGUUCGGCGAUAGAGACCAAGAAGUCGUCAAAGCCGCUUGGUCGGCGCUGAAUCAGCUGCAAUCUCAUUUGCGCAAGGAAGAGAUGGAGGCAUUGGUCACCUCCACUCGUCAAGUCCUCCAGCAGGCUGGCACCGCAGGAUCUGUUCUACCUGGUUUCGCGCUGCCCAAGGGUAUCCUUCCUGUCCUCCAAAUCUUCUUGCAAGGAUUGAUGAAUGGUACAACCGAGCAACGGGUCCAGGCUGCCAUGGGCAUAUCGGACAUCAUUGAACGGUCCAACCCUGACGGAUUGAAACCUUUUGUUACGCAAAUCACAGGUCCACUCAUCCGUGUUGUUGGGGAGAGAUCAAUGGAUGUCAAAUGCGCCAUUCUAUCGACUCUCAUCCUGCUUCUCGAGAAAAUCCCUACUUUCCUGCGUCCAUUCCUGCCUCAGUUGCAGAGAACAUUCACAAAAUCGAUUGCCGACCCAACCAGCGACGUUCUGCGGACACGAGCAACAAAGGCACUCAGUACGCUGAUCACGUUGACACCACGCGUCGACCCCUUGAUCGCCGAACUCGUCACUGGUGCAAAGACCCCGGACGCUGGAGUUCGCAAUGCCAUGUUAAAAGCACUACAGGAGGUCGUCAGCAAGGUCGGAUCGAACAUGUCGGAUGGGUCUCGUGAAUCCAUCCUGGGACUGAUGGACAGCCAACAUGACAUCCAGGACGAUAAUAUGAUGAUGACCAAUGCUCGUCUCCUGGGCGCCAUGAUCAAAGUCCUUCCGGCGGAGAAGGCAGCGACUCUGAUCAAGACUCGGGUUCUUGUGCAACCAUCGACGAAUGCAUCGAUCCUUGCGCUGAAUGCCGUUCUCCUGGAAAGUGCAGCGGCUUUGACUGGAAAUCCGGUUUAUGCAGAAGAUACAAGGAACGUCCUUGUCAACGGGCUCGCUGGGAAGAGUGGCACGUUUGUGCAGCAAAACGCCGUUCUCGCCGUGGGAAAAUAUCUCCUCUCAGUGCACGAAAUAUCAUCCGACGCCCAGAUCGAAGAAACGUGCAGACCCUUGUUGGAAGCACUCGCCUCGAUAAUCCCACCAGGAGGUGACAUCGACUCGCGCCGUCUUGCACUGGUGGUCAUCCGCACGGUCUUCCGGCACCACGGCAACAGCCUGCGCGAGGACCACAAACUGCUGGCGAUCCUGGUUCCCCCGGUGUUUGCGUCGGUCAGAGACAUGGUCAUUCCGGUCAAGUUGGCCGCCGAAGCCGCAUUCCUGGAACUCUUCAACGUGGCGGACGAGGAAGCCGCCAUCUUCGACCAGUACAUGGCCUCGGACGACGGCGGCAAGGCCCUGGGAGUGGGCCCCACCAGGGCCAUGGGAGAUUACUUCAAACGCGUGGCCCUCCGGCUGGGAAGCCAGGCGCGCGAGAGGAGGGAGGCCGAAGGCGGCGUCAAGGGCGGGCUAGGCCUAAGUUCGGAUGAAGAGGAAGACGAGCGCGAGGUUUGGAGCGUCGGACGCGUGGAUUUGGGCGAAGCGGGUUUUGGCGAGGAAUAA